GAAAAAGAUAUUUACAAUUUACAAUGUGAGAAAAUUGAAAUUGUAUGUCACAUCCUGUCACCGAUUUACUGCUUGCUGGACCACCAACGAAACAAAACUGAAAUCAUGCAAACGUUAGCAGCGAGUCUAUUUCUUAUUUCAUUCUUCUGUGCAAUAUAUGAAAGUGUAGGACAUAAAAUUGUUCCAAAUGGAACAAUUUAUUUAGGUGAAAGUACAACACUUUACAUUACAAUCCCGAACAUAAAGAGACCCGUAGUUUGGCAAAGCCUUAACUACAAAUAUGAGUGCGAUAAAACGUGCGCGGACGGAGAUGACUAUAAAGUUACUCAAGUAGACAACACAUCUUCGCUCUGGAUUCGAAAUGUAUCUUGGAAGUUUUCUACAUGGGUAUUUUCCGAUGACAAUCUCCAAUUUGCAAAAAUUGAUUUGGACAUAAACGUGAAACCUGAAAUUGAAAUCAAACACACAAACUGCGAAUACACAGUCAAGGCCCUCUGUUCCUUACCUGUAACACACAUAGAAUGUCGAUAUGGUAAGGAACAUUUGAAUUUCGUAGACACGGUUACAAGCAACUGUCCUCAUGGCCAAACUCUUAGCAAUGUCGGUAAAUUAAGAUUUAGCAAGCUUUCUGGAAACGUGACUUGCACUUUUACUUUAGACAAGAUAUUCAGAGAAGACCGAACGUUGCAAGUUGAAUGUGAUUCUACCCCAUGGAUUUGUUCUAUCACUUUUGUUCUUGUGUGUGUGGCUGUUCUAUUCGUUAUGAUAACCAUAGCUGCUAUCAUUUGGUGCAUAAAGAUUAGAAAUGGUGAAGAUUCUGCGCUAAGGAGUUGCAUUCCUGCCAUUGGCCUUCUGAGUGUGUCUAUUCUUAUAUUCAUCGUGAUGAUUGUUGUUGUUAUUAUUAAGUGCCUAACAGGUAAAGAAUCUCUCUACAGGAGUCGUAUCCCUGCUAUUGUUCUUUUGGUUUCCCUGUUUCUUUCACUGAUCAUGGCUGGUUACUGUCUGUUCAAGAAGAUAAGAUAUUUGAAGCUUCAGAAAGAUGGAAAUGAGAAGGAGAUCUUGAUAUGGAACUGAACUCAUUCUGAAAGGAAAGGAAGAUUAAAAUCAUAUGAGCAACUUGUUGAAUGGAAACAAUUGCAUCACCUU